AUGCGGAUAUAUUUCUCAUUUAUUGUCGUAUUGUUGACUGGGACAGUGGAAAGUUCAAAAGCAGGAAAGAAGGGUUCACAAAUAUUGAAUGAAAACGAGUUUAAAACAUUAUGUGGAUUUGUCAAUCUGACGUUUGAAAUACAGAAAUUGGCGAGUGAAGGAAAGCCAACACUUGGAGGAUUGAAACCUGAAAGUGUUAACGAGUCCGUGAAUACCAUUUUGUACGGCAACAAAGGCAGCACCGAAAUUGGUUUCGAAGGCGAAAACGACAGGAAAGAUUACUGCGGGGACAGGCAAAAUCGAGCCCACAAAUAUGCGGGGAAAAGCUUAAUAAAGGAUAUUUUGUGUCUAUGUAAACCCCACAGAAGGCAGGGCCAAAACGGGGCUGGUGCAGAAGAUCUGUGUUUUAGCGGUAACAAGUGGUACAAGGGCGGUGAGGUGUGGAGCAAUAAAGAGCAAGCUAAGCAGCAUUGGGAGAAAAUAAGGUUGCAUUGUAACCAACUUCCGAAACGGGAGCAACAUAUACAAAAUCAAUUAUACCACUUAAAGGAAAAAGUUCAAGCAGUACUGAGAACAGCGACAGAAAAGAAGGGAAGGGAAUCAGAUCAAAACAUACGACUCGGGGGUCAUCAGGCAACAGAAGUGAAGCAAUGCUCAGCAACCACUGGAAAGGGUAAUUCGGUGUGUUUGAUGUAUAACAUCACUUCCGGCACACUCACCAACCAUAGCAUCCCCUGGUUAAAGCAUCUUGAAGAACUUGCCGAGAAAAUACCGAAUGAUACACGAACCAAUUUGGGCACGAGUGAAAACGACGUCGAAACCGUUCCAAAUGGAGUUGGAGAUGCCGCACCUUCAACGGACCGAAAGAUUAACGAAGGCAUUCGCACUAAUGAUGAUAAUAACAAUAAUAAUGAUAAUGAUAAUAUUAAUUACAAGCACAAUGAUGGUAAUAACACUGAAUAUAAUCUAGAAGAUCCACUAAUGAAUGAAAGCGGAACUAAUACAUCCGCAGAACCACAAACACGACCACUUUGGUCAGUAAAUGGGAACCCUAACCCUAACCCUUUAAAAAUACUUCUUUUACUGCUCUUAAAUUAA